AUGAGAGUCACAACCUGGUUUUCCCUCCUCCUUACCACAGCCCUCGCAGCUCCCCAGAGUGACUCCCAAGCUCUAUCCAGCGACCUUGCCAACUGGUCCUCCCUCGGAAAUGCCUUACAAUCCCUAAACUUCAACUUCACCCUGCCCACCAAAACCGCCAACCUUGACAACAUCUCCCCACCCCCUCGCUCCCUCAUCCCAGAGGUCAUCACCGCACUACCCCCCUCGGUACUAAUGGAACUCGUCAUCCCGUCUCAGCGCAGCGCUCUCGCCAGCCAGUUCAAGGCCGGAAGUACACCCGCCUGGUACGCCAGUCUUCCCAGCGAUGUCCAGAGUUACCUGUCCGUGGUGAAGAGCCAGAUCUCCGAGGGCGCGUUGACGGCUACCACAGGCCUGGCAUAUCAGACUGCGGCUACUGCGUCUGCUACGGGGACAGCGACGGAGACGGGCGCGUCUGCGGGGGGAGCAACGUCUACGUCGAAAGGGAUGGCUGCUGCGGCGAGGCCGACUGGCGUGUUGAUGGCGGGGGGAGUCGGUAUGGGCGUUUUGGGGCUGGCGUUGGUGCUGUGA